AUGGCCGAAAAAAUUUCCGCCUUUCCCCGCCUCCUGUUGGCUGGUAGUCCAUCGGCUGCUGACAAGGGCACGCUAUUGUUGGGUGCAAUAUGUUCCAUUGCAGCUGGUGUUCCCUUCCCCAUCAUCGGAGUGCUGUUUGGACAGCUCCUCGACGAUUUUAAUGCAGCCACCUGUAGUGAGUCUUCGGGCUCCUCUUCCGACGAAGAUCAAAGUGGAAUCAACAGCAAGAUUCUCAUCAUCGUGUAUCUGGCCGUGGCCCAAUUCGUGCUCAUUUAUUUGCAUCUUUCGUGCUGGAGUCUCCACGGCGCGCGAUUGGCCCAAAGACUGCGUGAACGUUACUUGCAGAAUUUGCUGCGUCAGGAACCGUCUUAUUUCGAUAACUUGCCUCCUGGAGAAGUCGCCUCGCGUUUGAAUAGCGAUGUUCAGACGAUUCGCUCAGGCACUUCGGAGAAAGUGGGCAUCGUCCUCUCUAGUCUCUCCUUUUUCGUCACGGCCUAUAUUGUAGCUUUCAUCAAAGACUGGGAGCUGGCUGCAAUGUUACUCUCGUUGAUUCCGGCCUAUUUUCUCAUGUCGUUUAUUGGCACUUAUUAUAUCGAGAAAUACUCCGGGCUCAUGUCGGAUCAUGCUGCUACGGCCGCGUCGAUUGCUUCGGAAGCCCUCUCUAAUAUUGUGGUGGUGCAGGCUUUUGGUGGAAAUACUCGAUUGGAGAAUAAAUUCUCUACUGCACUCCGAGCUUCGAGAACUGAGGGUUUGAAGAAGGCGACGGCUAUUGGCAUACAAUCUGGAUUCUUGUAUUUCAUUGCUUAUUCUGCAAAUGGACUGGCAUUUUGGCAAGGAAGUAAAAGUAUCGCUAGAUCGGUGCGUAACGACUCUGCGGGCGUCACCGUAGGUGCUACGUUUACAGUCAUUUUUAUCCUGGUCGAAGCUACCUUGCUUUUGAGUCAAGUUGCACCAUUUCUCCAUCUAUUCAUCGCAGCUGUCGCCUCGUACAAGAAGCUGCGUAUGGACAUAGAUCGACAGCCACUAAUCGAUGGUACUACUGAUGCCGGUCUUCGACUUCCACAGGCACAAGGUGGCUUCGAGUUCAAGGACGUUUCAUUCACCUAUCCCUCCAGGCCGGAGAUCACAGUUCUCGACAACAUCACUCUGUCCAUCCCUGCUAACAAGAACACGGCCAUUGUCGGGCUUUCGGGAAGUGGGAAGUCAACUAUCGCGGGUCUGGUCACAAGAUUAUACGAUCCUACGCAUGGUCAAAUUACUUUCGACGGCCACGAUAUUCGUGAUGUCAAUACCCGUGACUUGAGAGGAUUCCUCAGUUUGGUACAACAAGAGCCUUCUCUCCUCGACCGUUCCCUCUUGGAAAAUAUCGCACAUGGCUUGAUCAACUCGAGUAAUCCUAGCCAUGCACAUUUGAAGGCGGCACUCAACAGUUCCGACCUUUCAGAUCUAGCAGGUGAAGUAAGGGAGGGUACGGAUCUCAUGGCCGCGGCAGCAACGCGGGGUCCGGAAAUUGUCGAAAUUAUCACUUUGGUCAGGAAGGCUGCGGAGCUUGCAGAUGCGGACUCCUUCAUUACUGCAUUGCAGCAUGGAUAUGGUACUUCUGUUGGCUCCAGUGGACGGCUCAUCAGUGGUGGUCAGAAACAACGGGUGGCUCUUGCCAGGGCCCUUGUAAAGGAUCCCGCCGUGCUUAUCUUGGACGAAGCAACGGCCUCUCUGGAUUCCAGAAGUGAGCAGCGUAUCCAGCAGGCGAUCAACAAGAUUGCGAGUGGGAGAACCAUGAUCACUAUUGCUCAUCGUCUAUCUACGAUAACUACCGCGGAUAAUAUCAUCGUGAUGUACAAAGGUCAUAUCGUGGAGCAGGGAAGUCAUUCGGUGUUGAUGGUCAAGAGUGGAACGUACGCCGACCUAGUCAAAUUACAAGGUCUCGGAUCCGCAUCCGGUAAAGACGAGAGAGCUAGUAUGGACAGUAUCAGUAAAUCUGUAGUGACUUCGUCGACAGCCAUUGAUAUUGAGAAGAGCAGCCAAACAAGCGGCCCCCUUGGAGAUGCAGAGAAAGCUGAAUUUUCAGCCAAAGAAGAAGCCGACACUGAUUCGCCAGAAGAAGAACAGGAACCAGCGACUCCAUCCAGAUCGUUGUGGGCCCUGAUGAAAGGCUAUGCUCCAGCAUUAAGGCCACACUUACUUAUGAUCUUCAUCGCCCUUGUUGCCUCAACUGUUGUUGGUGGAGCUUUCUCUGGCGAAGCCGUCAUCUUCGGAAAUACCGUUGGAAGUCUGAACCCUUGUAAUAGCGCAGACAGUAUUGAUUCUCGGGGAAACUUCUAUGGUCUUCUGUUUUUCGUCCUCGCAAUUAUCGAGUUCUUUGGCAAUUUGGUCAGUUGGGCGGGAUUCGGCUGGGUCUCGGAGAGGAUUGUCUUUACAGUGAGAGUUUUGUCGUUUCGAUCUCUGUUCGAACAAGACCUUGAGUGGCAUCAAUCUGAAGGCCGUACGCCCGCCGUACUUCUCUCAUAUAUUACUAGGGAUGGUAAUGCUUUGGCUGGUUUGAGCGGUUCCGUCAUUGGUACUUUAUUCUCCAUCAGCGUUAAUCUCAUUGCAGCAAUUAUUUUGACCCACAUCAUUGCCUGGAAGAUAGCAUUGGUCUGUCUGGCUUUGGUACCACUUCUACUUGGAGCUGGUCUUAUGGAACUUCGAGUACUUGGUCAAUUCGAAGACCGACACGAAAAUGCAUACACCCAGUCGGUUGAUAUUGGUGUAGAAGCAAUUACAUCCAUCAAGAUCAUCGCGUCUCUCUCUCUUGAAGAAGAAACACUGGCUACCUACCGAAGAUCUUUGGCGGGACCUCGCACAGAGACGUUCAAAGUUAGUCUCACAGCAAGUCUUUGGCAGGCGACGACCUACUUCCUUGGCAAUCUUGUGAAUGCACUGGCAUAUUGGUGGGGUGCCAAACAAAUUCUCGCAGGCACCUACACACAAACACAAUUCCUGAUUGUCGUCUUCUCCCUUCUGGUCAGCGCACUCCUCUGGAGUCAAAUGUUCGCUCUCGCACCGGAACUUUCUAAUGCUCGAGCGGCCAUGGCAAGAAUCUUAAGCCUGAUCGAGAUAGGGUCGGACAAGAUGCAAGGACACGUGCGCGAUCUUCCAUCCACUGAUAUCGAGGCCACCGCCGAAACCAAAUCCCCUAUUCCAUCGUCUGAUCAACAAGCCUCCAGCGUGCAGCUCCGCGAUAUUCAUUUUUCGUAUCCUGCCCGGCCAGACAUGCAAGUGUUGAACGGCUUGAACAUUGAUUUCCAGCCUGGGAAAUUCUGUGCCCUGGUCGGUCCGUCCGGUGCUGGUAAAUCGACCAUCAUUUCACUAGUCGAAAGAUUGUACACACCACAAUCCGGAUCCAUCAUCAUUGAUGGCGUCGACGUGACCAAGCACCGAGACGUCGCCUUCCGUGAUUCCAUUGCAUUGGUACCACAAGAAAGUGUACUUUUCGAGGGAAGCGUCGAGUUCAACAUUGGAUUUGGUGCGAGACCAGGGCACGAAGUAUCCAUGGAUGAAAUCGUCGCCGCGUGUAAACUCGCCAAUAUUCAUGAUACCAUCGAAGCAUUACCAGACGGAUACAAAACCCACUGCGGAAUAAGCGGGAACCAAUUUUCCGGAGGUCAGAAGCAAAGAUUGUCGAUCGCUCGAGCGCUCGUUCGAAAACCUAAAUUGUUGAUCCUAGACGAAUCAACUAGUGCUUUAGAUGCGGAGUCGGAAAAGCUCUUGCAGGAUGGACUGGAGAAGGCCGCGAGGGGUAUUACGGUUAUUGCUAUUGCUCAUCGUUUACGUACAAUUCGAAAGGCCGAUGUUAUUUUCUUGGUAGAUGGAGGAAGAUGUGUGGAUCAGGGGUCGCAUGAGGAAUUGUUGGAGAGGUCGGAAAGUUAUAGGGCGAAUGUCAUGCAUCAAACAGUAGUAUGA